AGCAGCUUUCACCUGUAGGAAAGUAGGAGCCUUCGGUGUGGUGUCGCCUGUCAGGUUGGCCCCAUACGAGUUGUGACGCAGGCAGUUCGCCGAAAUCUGUGCAAUAGUCACACGGCCACCCGUUGAUUUCAGUAGUCCCGUUUUGUGUUCGACAGAAUUAAUGAGUUUUUCAGCAUAAAGGAAUCAACAGAGUCCUACCGGGGAAAACAAAAUGGUUCUGGAAGAUAUGAGGGAUCUUCUACUGGCUAGUGAUUCCCCCGAUCAGUUCUUCAAACCUAUUAGGACAUUGCCCAUCGUCGUCUUCUUACUGGCAUCUGAUGUUACAGUCCUUAUCACAUCAUUUGUCCUGCCCCAGUAUUACAACUCAUUAGAUUAUCCCAGGCAUCCCAGCCUUUAUGCCACUUUACUCUACUUGCAGAUUGCUCUUUGGAUUUUGACAGUUAUUGCAGAUCAGCUGAUAACAAGAAAGCAUCAGAAAUCUCAGCUCAGUGGGUUUUUGGAAUUUAACCGGAAGAUCUUACCAUGCAUGAGAGCUUUCCUCAUCACAGUCACCAGCUGCAGUAUCUUGUUACUCACUAGCGCUGCAGUAGCUUGGGAUUACUGCCCCAGAGAAGGAACAUGUUCACAAUUUGUACCACUCACUCCAGCUCACUAUGUACAGAUCAUCUUGAGCCUACAAACCAGUAUUCUCCUACCAGUGUGUCUUGCCUAUUCUGUGAGAAUACAUCAAUUCAAUACCAGCCAUCCUUUACCUGACAUAUUCGAAGGUCAAAUGGUAUACUCCCUUUCCAGAAGUCUUCCGGCUUUUGAGGACGUCGGCGUGAGGGAAACGCCAGACGACACGUUACUGGAAAAACAGGCCGAAGCUAUUCAUUUUUUAAAAGAGCAUAACGCUAGAUUAAGUCGGAAAAUUUUGUCGCUAACGGAUCAGCUGGGCAGAUACUCUGACGCCAACGUCUAA